UAUCUGCUUUAGAUUCUUUUCAACCAAGUUGUAGAUCCAUGGCAGAAGCAAUUCCAUAUGGAACGGUCAGUAACAUCUUGUCCAAGUUGGUGUGGCUUGCUGGGCAAGAGCUUGGCUUUAUUUUCGGGCUGAAUACUGAUCUGGAGAAGCUUCAAGAGACUCUCAGCACCAUAAACGCCGUCCUUCGUGAUGCUGAGGAGAAACAGGAGAGCAACCAUGCCGUGGACAACUGGAUAAUUCGGCUGCAAGAUGUUGUCUUUGAUGCAGAGGACUUGCUGGACGAAUUUGACUAUGCGAUCCUGCGCCAGAAGGUGCGUCCUCGGGGACAGAUGGAAGUGCUCCCGGAUGCAAUAGUCAAAUUGCACAAGUUGCAAACUCUAUUACUCUAUGAUUGCAGGAAGCUUAAAGAGUUACCAAGAGAUAUACGACAAUUGAUUAGUUUGGAAUAUCUCAAUAUUGAUCAGUGCAAUGGACUACAGUACUUGCCAAAAGGGUUAGGGGAAUUGACUUCGCUACAAACAUUGCAUAGAUUUAUUGUGAAUAGUUUCUCAACUGCAGCCACGUUGAAUGAGUUGAGGGACCUAGAUGACCUUGGAAACUACUUAAGCAUUGAAAACUUAGAUGAUGUGAAGAAUGUGGAAUUAGAAUCUAUGGAGGCAAAUUUAAAGACAAAGAAGCGGCUUCAGUCUUUGAAAUUAGAUUGGUGGACCUAUCCACGAGGGGACGAUAAAAAGGACGAGUUGUUGUUGGAUAAUCUUCAGCCACAUCCUAAUUUGAAAAAGCUGGAGUUACAAUUGCCAACACCUGCCACCCUUGCAUCAUCUUUCAUCUCUCCAGUGUCUUAUUCUUGA